ACCGACUAGAAUUAGGCGAUCGAGUAGCUAGAGUUCCAUUUAUUGGACACUUCCGAAAAAAACAAGAAACAAGCGUUAAGAAAUCAAUUGGUUUAUACUAGCAGGCGUAAGAGGUACUGGAUUCAUUGAAUAAGAAAGAUAUUGGAUAUUGUAUUUCAGUAAGCAGAGAAAAUGAUUCUCAGGGUCGUCGUUAUGAUAUAAUGUUACCGAUUGUCCGUUACUAGUAUUCUAAACAGUUCUUCAGUCCCCAUUGUUUAUGACUGGAUGUGUUUUCCUACACCUGUCAGUUAUAUUACAUUACUAAUGGUCAUAUUGAGGCGCUUCAGUGUGUAAUCAAAUCUUAGUGUUUUCUAUGUAUAACGAAUGAAAAUCUAACCCAAUCCAGAUGUUUAUCUUUCGUACUUUACUGAAAACCCACAAGCGUUUCCUUCAUAUUCAUGGCCGUGAUAUCCCAUCAAAUAUACCACUACCUCCUUACAUCACGAAUAAGAUCGAUCUUUCCCCUUCGGUAAUAACUGUUCAGAGUGAACGUAAUAUUAACGAAUGCAAACGAGCAGGUUCAAUCAUCCGCCAGAUAUUUGAUGAUCUCAAGGAUUUUAUCAAACCUGGUUUGUGUACUCAAGACAUUGAUGAUUUCGUGUUUAAUCAGUGUCUGAGUAAGUCAGUAUACCCAUCACCGUUAGGAUAUAAAGGUUUUCCCAAGUAAGUUUGCUUUUGAAAAUUAUAUUCGGCAUUUUUAGCUGCAUUUCGAGGUCCCCUAGCAUCCUAUUAUGAAUGAAUUUGUAGCCCGACAGUGUAAAUGUUCAUACCACCCAAGGUCGGUUUGCACGUCAGUAAAUGAAGUUGUUUGUCAUGGAAUCCCAAAGGAAUCACAAGUACUAAAACUGGGCGAUAUCAUGUCUGUGGAUAUAUCAGUUUAUAAUGGUUAUGUUCAUGGUGAUGCUUGUCACACUUUUGUAGUCGGCUUGGAUAAUCAUUCUGAUUAUUCUAAUUCUGAGGCUGCCGAACGUAUAAAAACUGCAGUCUACUUGUGCACUGUGGCCCAAAAGUGUCGUGAUGCUGGUAUCAGCGUUUGUGGCCCAAAUGCUCUUUAUACGUCAAUUGCAGAAGCAGUCACUAAGUGUGCCGAUGCAUUCCAAUGCCGGGUCGUGGUUGGCGUGUGUGGACAUGGAAUUGGCCAGUUUUUGCAUGGACCACCAGAAAUAGUACAUUCAAUUCAUGAAUUAGCUUCCCAACCACUGGCACGUAUGCUACCUGGACAUACAUUCACCGUCGAACCAUGUAUCUCUCUUCCUCCCAACAAGUCUGAAGUGCGAUUCAAACGCAAUACAAGUUUUGCAGUUCCUGUUAUUUUGGAAGAUGGGUGGACAGUGGUCACAAGUGAUAAAGCUCUAACAGCUCAGUUUGAACAUACCAUCGCAAUUACAAAUGAAGGUUGUUUAGUACUAACGUGAUCUAUAGCCUUUUUGUUCUUUAUCCAUAGAUUCAUUUUAAUAUUACGUUUUUGGAGGUGAUGUGUAACUGACAAUAAUCCCUAUAAUUUAAUUGUACGCAUGUGCAUUUUAGAAGACGCGAUACUCAAAAGUAUAUUAAUUAUACAUACAAUUCGCUUUAAUGUUAA